AUGCUCUUUUCAGAAUAUUUUUUAGAGAAAAAAAUCAAAUCAGUGUAUGGAGAGUUGUUUCCCUUUCACAGUUUUAGGCAAACAAGACCCAAAAAUGGAACAUCAAAAUAUGAAUAUGCAUUCCUAUUUUUGUGUUUUUUGUGGCAUUUCUUGCUGCUGUCCCAAAACGGCCACAGUGACGGGGAAUUUUCGGACAAAUUGGUCUCAUCUAGGGAACUGAAGGACAAAAACAAAACGAUUUAUUUCGAUUCUCGAAGCUUUUUCCGAGAGAGAAGAGAGAGUAAAACUCAUGUCUACUCGUUUUUCGGACAAAAGCACGCCUUCAAAUGGGCACCAAAUGCUCUUUUUCGGUCUUCAUCUCAAUUGAAUUGGUCAUCCGGAGCAGAGAGUGGAAGAGGAAAAAAUGAGGAGAGAAACGGGUGCAUUCGGAAAGAAAGAAGGGAAAAACUACUAAAAAACCUGAAGAAUGAGCAUAUGAAGGACCACUUGGCAACAUUCAGGGUAGAAGUAGAGAGACAGAAAGUAAUAAUCAGAGAUUUCGGGACAAGAGGAAGGGAAAGAAAGGAAUGUUUUUAA